AUGGCUUCUCUGCGUUUCAUUCUUUUUCUUCUUGCUCAAGCUCUUCUUGUGAAAUCUGUGUCACCUUCUCACAUCAAGCUCACCUCAACAUUCUCGAUCCAAGAAACCACCAUUGAAGAAGUCAGACUUGCUUUCAAGGAGAAAAGACUAACAUCAAAGCAGCUCGUUGAGUUCUAUCUCGAAUCAAUCUCAAAACUCAAUCCGAUACUCCACGCAAUCAUCGAGACGAAUCCAGACGCGUUGAUCCAAGCAGAGAUCGCAGAUAGAGAACGCGAGCUCAAAGACAUCACUGAACUUCCAAUCUUGCACGGUGUUCCUGUUCUGCUCAAGGACUCGAUCUCCACCAAGGACAAGCUUAACACGACCGCUGGUUCACUGGCUUUGCUUGGUUCGGUCGUGGCUCGAGACGCGAGUGUUGUCAAGAAGCUGAGAGAAUCUGGUGCUGUGAUCUUGGGCAAAGCCAGUUUAAGUGAAUGGGCUCAUUUCAGAUCUUUCUCCAUUCCAGAUGGUUGGAGCGCACGUGGCCUCCAAGGAAAGAAUCCAUAUGUUUUAUCAGCAAAUCCGUGUGGGUCAAGUAGUGGAUCAGCUAUAUCAGUGGCGGCUAAUCUUGUGGCUGUGUCAAUUGGAACUGAAACUGAUGGUUCCAUUCUUUGUCCAGCGAAUCAGAACUCGGUGGUCGGGAUUAAACCGACCGUCGGGCUCACCAGCCGAGCCGGGGUGGUUCCUAUCUCCUUAAGACAGGACAGUAUUGGGCCGAUCUGUAGGACAGUUUCGGAUGCUGUUCAUCUCCUUGAUGCUAUUGUUGGUUAUGAUCCCUUAGACGAAGCCACAAAGUCCGCAUCCGAAUUUAUACCCGAAGGCGGUUACAAGCAGUUUCUGUCAGCUAGUGGCCUCAAAGGUAAGAGAUUAGGGAUUGUAAUGAAACAUUCUCAUCUUGAUCAUCACAUAGAAACAUUAAGACGAGAAGGCGCGAUCGUCAUUGACAAUUUAACGAUACCAAACAUCGAAGUCAUUAUGGAUUGGACUAAGAGUGGUGAAGCGAUACCACUUUUGGCUGAGUUCAAGAUGUCUCUCAAUGCAUAUCUUAAAGAGCUUGUGAAAUCACCAGUCCGGUCCUUAGCAGAUGUUAUUGCCUACAACGAAGAAUUCGCUGAAAAGGAACAGGUGAAAGAAUGGGGACAAGAGGUGUUCCUCGCAGCGGAAGCAGCCAAUGGAAUGGGUGAGAAAGAGAAAGCAGCGUUGCAGAAAAUGGAAGAACUUUCGAGGAACGCAAUCGAAAAGCUAAUGAAGGAAAAUAAGUUAGAUGCAAUAGUGACGCUUGGUUCGAUGUUGAGCUCUGUCCUCGGCAUUGGAGGGUAUCCAGGAAUAAAUGUCCCUGCAGGAUAUAGUAGUGAAGGAGUUCCAUUUGGGAUUAGCUUUGGAGGAUUGAGAUUCUCAGAGCCAAAGCUCAUUGAGAUUGCUUAUGGCUUCGAACAAGCCACAUUGAUCAGGAAGCCACCAAAGUUCAAAGCUUGA